GACUUAAAAAACUCAGCCACCUUAUCAAAACAAUUCACUCUAAUACCGACCAGUCAGAUAUGCAUUUGCAAUAUAUUCAUUUAGAUAUUCUAUUAAUUAAUCAAUAUACAAAGUGCAAUCUUCAGUCACCUUCAAUAUUGGAUCCUGCCUAUAUCCAAGUAUGGCUUGAAGAAGCUUAUACUGUUUGGAAACAG